GUUUUAUCAAGGAGAAGACAUUACUGUAUUCGAUCGUCUUGCCUCUUGUCACAGUCUCAGUGAUCCAAAGCGAUACCCAGCAGCAGCACAGUUUCUUUUCAAGGGCUAUAAAAUGAAGUUUGCCCUGAUCUUCCUGUCCGUUUUCGUGGCCAUUUCUCAUCAGCAAUAUUAUCGCAGUCCGCGUAUGAUGUUUGCGUUUCCUUGGCUGGCAGUGCCCCAACAACCCGCGUUCUAUUACAAUUAUUACAACGCAAUGAAUGAAGAGGCAAUCUAUCCUGGCAGCACAAUUGAUUUACAUAGUCGCAACGGCAUCGACGAUGAGGAGGGAGAAGAAUUUGCGGAUACCCAGUCAAGGAUCAAUGGAAUCAGCCGCUACCGGCCUCGACCUUCUUUCCAAGACCAGCAGAAUGCCCGUUUUUUAUUCAACUUAUUCGCCACCACUACAGGCACUUUCAAUAACCCGCUAUUGAAAACGGCGACGUUUACCUCCACGCAAACUUUGUCUCUCACCUCUGUCGUUAAUUGUGUGCCAGCAUUUCAAGUGGCAGCUGUUCCAGUUAACUGUCGCCGCAAGAGAAAUGACGACAACGACGAUUUGGACUCCAUCACUCCCUCUGAAACCUUAAAAUUGAUGAUAACAUCUCUUCCGUCCUCAGAUGAUGCCAGCAGUAGUAAAACUAGCAAUGGCGAAUUAGUUUCAUCUAGAGAUGAGGUUGUUAUAAACGAUGGCAAAAUUUUAACAGCUGAACAUAAUUUGCGAGGAAAACGAUUUUUCGUCAACAAAAACCAAUUUGUAGUAUCUACAGUCGUUACAACAUUUGCAUUUGUAAACUCAACAAUUACAAGGACCGUGAAUCUAAUUACUCCACCCCCAGCUGCCCAAUGUGAUGCUGCGGCCGCCGCUACAGCCUGCGCCUGUUUACCCUCAGGCUUUGUUGUCUGCCCUCCUACUGGUUAAACAAUCUAAAAAAAAUAAGCUGGAUAGUGGAUACUCGAAGCAGUUUUAUCAGAGACUGGUUUAAUAUUGCAAUUAAAAACAGAAAUUUACCUAGUGUCUGUUCCAUAGAGAGUUACAAUAUUUCAAACGUAGAUGAUGCACCAUGUUUAGCUUACUAAAAUGUUUAAGUAUAAUUCUGGGAUACAUGUACUAUUCGAAUUGGGCUUUGAUUUUUUAAUAAACCUGCAUAAUUUGAUUAUUA